AUGUCUGCGAAAACUAUUGCUGUUAUCGGCGCUACAGGUGGCCAGGGAGGGUCGGUUGUGAAUACCUUCCUCGACGCUGGGUUUGCUGUGAGAGCUAUCACGCGCAACACUGCUUCUCCCAAGGCGGUGGCACUUAAGGAGCGUGGUGUCGAGGUUGUGACUGCUGAUCUGAAUGAUCUUGAUAGUUUGACUAAGGCGUUUGAUGGCGUCCACAUCAUCUUCGCCGUAACCGAUUUCUUCGAGCCCUUCAUAGCCGGCGGCCCAGACCACGCCAUGAAGAUCGAGUCGGCGCAAGGAAUCAACCUCGCCAAAGCCGCAGCCGCGACGUCUACUUUGGAACAUUACAUCUGGUCGACGCUCCCCAACGCCCUGGAGAUUUCCGGCGGGAAAUACCUGAUCCCGCAUUUUGAGGGUAAGAAUAAAGUUGACAAGUUCAUCAAGAGCGAUGAGAAGCUCUUGAAGAAGACGACGUUUCUGUGGGUUACGUGGUUUGCGUCGAAUGCGCUGUUCCCGCCUUUCAAACCUACGCUCCAUGCUACGUCGGGGAAAUACGUGCUUUUCCAGCCUGCAAUUGCAGAGACGCCUGUUUUGACGAUCGGGGACCAGACCAAGAACGUCGGCCCAUACGCCCUUGCAAUCGUGCAAAAACCAGAGUUCACGCUCCCAGGGAAAUUUGCGAUUGCCAACUCCGAGAGCCAGACGAUUGGCAGCUUGCUUGAUAUCUGGGCCAAGGUCACGGGCAAGGAGACGGAGUAUGUGAAGGUUGGGUUGGAGCAGUUUGAUCGGUUCUUUCCCGGUUGGGGACGAGAGAUGGGGAUCAUGAUGGAGUAUUGGGAGAAUUAUCCCGGGAUGCAGGCUUGGAGUGGGGAGGAUCUGGUUACGGCGAGGGAGUUGGGGUUGGAGGGGCAGGGUCGUGCUGAGGAUGCUUUGAGGGAGUUGGAGUUGUUGUAG